CUUAUUAAUGAGGUACCAACAGCUCCCUCCACCAAAUAAAUAUACCAGUCUUCCGAAAUAUUUCUAAUCAAUCACACACUGAACCAGUCAUGAAUCCUGCUAAAUCGUUUCUGAGAAUACUGCUGUUUCUCUUUCUUUCUCACUUCUCCUUGUCUACAGAUACCAUAACACAAGAUCACUUCAUCAAAGAUAACGAUGAGGUCUUAGUCUCUGAUGGCAAGACCUUUGCACUGGGAUUUUUCAGCCCUGCCACUUCCAGGAAUCGAUAUGUCGGCAUCUGGUAUUAUCAGAUUCCGGGGAACAUAGUUGUUUGGGUGGCCAACAGAAACAAUCCCAUUAAAGAUAACUCUGGGAUCCUCUCGGUCGACAGUCGAGGCAAUCUUGCGCUGUUCCAGAGAAACCAAACGCUUCCAGUCUGGUCUACAAACAUCUCCAUGGCAGGCAGUAGGGACUCCGUUGCUCAAAUUUUGGAUACGGGAAAUCUUGUUUUGCUUCAGAGUGAUGCCAGAAAGGACAUAUUGUGGCAGAGUUUUGAUUAUCCUACAAAUACUUGGCUUUCUUUUCAGAGCCUUGGGGUGAAUGUCCGAACCGGUGUGAACAGAGUAUAUACGUCUUGGAAUUCGCCAGAUGACCCUGGGGUUGGAAACUAUUCCCUCAGGAUGAACCCCAGCGGGUUUCCUCAAAUGUUUUUGUACCAAGGGUCGACACCUUUGUGGCGAAGCGGGACAUGGACAGGGCAAAGAUGGAAUGGUAUACCUGAAAUGACCAAAAACUUCAUAUUUAACGACACUUUUGUCAAUACCGAUGACGAAGUAUCAUUCUCAUCCGAUGUGAGAAAUGCCUCCAUCAUAUCAAGAGCGGUAGUGAACGAAACAGGAGUUUUUCAAAGAUUAACAUGGAACAACGAAGCGCAACGUUGGAUUGACUUUUAUUCGGCUCCAAAGGAAAGUUGUGAUUUUUACGGGCACUGCGGGCCAAAUGCUUACUGUAAGCCUGACAUCACGGGUGAUUUCGAGUGUUCGUGUUUCCCUGGAUUCGAACCCAAAUUACCCCAAGCGUGGUCUAUAAGAGAUGGGGCAGCAGGAUGCGUAAGGAAGAGUGCUGUCUCCUUGUGUGGAAACAAAGAAGGGUUCAUCAAGGUUCCACAGGUGAAGGUGCCAGACACUUCGGUGGCACAUGUAGACAUGACUAUAGACUUGAAGCAAUGCAAGGAAAAGUGCUCGAGGAAUUGUUCAUGCAUGGCUUAUGCUAGUGCAUACUCUGAUAUCGACAGAGGGAUUGGCUGCUUGGCAUGGCAUGGAGAUUUGGUGGAUGCGAGGACAUAUACCCAUACGGGACAAGAUCUAUACAUACGAGUCGAUAAAGACGAGUUAGCUCGGCAUACAAAGAAAGGUUUACUUCAGAAGAAGGCAGUGCCUGCGGUUAUCAUAGUUUCUUUAGCUGUAGCGUUUCUCAUUCUCGUGGCCCUUUUGCGUUGCUUUGUAAGACGACAGAAAAGAACAGCAAGAAUAAGAAACAACGAAGAUAUGUUCAGCUUAGCCACAUUCGAAGAUUCUUUAGGUGUAAAGGAGAUUGACGAGACAAGAAGAAAUGGAGAUUUACCAUUCUUUCAUUUGAGCACCAUUGCUUCUGCCACUAGUAACUUCUCUUCUGAUAACAAACUUGGACAAGGUGGCUUUGGCCCCGUUUACAAGGGUGUUCUGUUAAAUGGAAAAGAGAUUGCAGUGAAAAGGCUAUCAAAGUACUCAGGGCAGGGAGUAGAAGAGUUUAAGAAUGAAAUAAUGCUAAUUGCAAAACUUCAGCACAGGAAUCUCGUAAGGAUGCUGGGAUGUUGCAUUGAGGGUGAAGAGAAGAUGUUAAUCUAUGAGUUCUUGCCUAAUAAAAGCUUAGACUCUAUUAUUUUCGAUGAAUCGAAAAGAUCAUUGUUGGAUUGGACAAAGCGUUUAGAAAUUAUCUGUGGAAUUGCUCGAGGAAUGUUGUAUCUUCAUCAAGAUUCCAGGUUAAGAGUCAUUCACAGAGAUUUGAAAGCGAGCAAUGUCUUACUAGAUGCUACAAUGAAUCCCAAAAUUUCAGAUUUUGGCAUGGCUAGAAUUUUUGGAGGAGAUCAAACCGAAGGAGAUACCAAACGUGUGGUUGGAACAUACGGUUACAUGUCGCCGGAGUAUGCAAUGCAUGGUCACUUCUCGAUGAAAUCCGAUGUCUAUAGCUUUGGAGUCCUGCUAUUAGAGAUCAUCACCGGAAAAAAGAACAGCAGUUAUGUUCCUGAUAGUCCGUCUUUGAAUCUGGUCGGACAUGUUUGGGAGUUAUGGAAAGAAGACAAAGCCAUGGAAGUUGUUGACUUGGCAUUAGGGGGUUCAUAUUCUAAUGAAGAAGUUUUGAAAUGCAUUCGAAUUGGGCUGUUGUCCGUUCAAGAACAUGCAACACAUCGACCAACGAUGUCCACAGUUGUUUCUAUGUUAUGUAACGAAACAACUCUUCCUUCUCCGGAACAACCUGCAUUUAUAGAGCAGAAGAUUCACAAAGGAGACGAGAGAUCGAGUAGGGAAGGAGCCAACUCCGUAAAUGGUGUGACAAUCACUAUGGUUCUAGGUCGAUAG